AUGUCCACUUUUGAAGAAAACUUAGAUGAUAUUUAUAAAUAUGAUACUGAAUCUCUCAUCGAAUUUUUAAGAAACAAUAUCCAAAUUAAAGAAGAAUAUUUUGAUAUUCUUCGCGAUCAAGAAAUAACUGGUAGUAUCUUUUUCAAAAUAACAGAAGAAACAUUUCGAAGUUAUGGGUUGAAAGGAGGUAAGUUUAAUAUUUAUGGUAGCAGUUUAUCCGCUGUUCCUCAAUUCACACCGUCUUCCUUAUCACUCACCAAUGAUGACGAUGAAUUGCAACAAUGUAUGAAUGAUAUAAAACGUAAGUUGCGCAACUUGGGAACUUUAAUUCCUGAUAGUAACGAGGCAAUGCGUAAUGAGUAUAUUUCGGCAAUUCUUCACGCUGCAAUUCAUAUUGCCAGGAGAGAAACUGAUAAAGAAAUUAGUUUGCUUCCUCAACUUCAAAUCGUGGGUGAUGAAAAUUGUGGCCGUGUUGAUUAUACAAUAAUAUCACUUGAGGAACUGAUUUGUAUUACUGAAAGCAAGCGAUACUUGGUUAAUAAAGGUUUCAUUCAAAAUGUUAUUCAAUGUGAGAGUGCCCUACAAACUAACAGGAAAAAACGUAAGGCAGGUGUUGCUUUUUGGGAUUGCGAAUACCUUUAUGGUGCCAUUACAACAGCAACAGAUUGGUAUUUUUUAUCAUACAGUCCAGAAAAAAUUUCAUGUUCGUUUAAAGAACCAAUCAUGAUCAAACUUUCCGAGAGACUGUUUUAA